AUCGCUAAUGUUUUUUUAUAAAAACGUUUUAACGCUGUUGCAAGUGGAAGCUCCUUGAUAAUCAUGUCCAGAAACCGCAAACGUGAUGCGCAAAGCAGCAGCUCAGAAGAAGUUGACAGCGAAGAGGAGAGCCGUCGAAGAGAUUUAAAGGAAAGAGAUGAAUUUUCGGAAAGACUAAAGAAAAAAGAUGAAGGACGGACGCGCAAAGUACUGGAAGCGAGCUCUAGCCGAAAGGCUAUUGAAGAAGCGGCCAAAAGAUUGAAAUUGGAACACGAAGAUAGAGACAAAAUUCUGCCACAAUUACGUAUACAGUCGAGAAGAAAGUAUUUGGAAAAGAGAAAAGAUGAUAAAGUGGCCGAGUUGGAAGCGGACAUAUUGGAUGAUGAAUAUCUGUUUGAGGAGGCAGUUUUAACCAAGAAAGAACGUGAGGAAAGAGAAUACAAAAAGCAAUUGCUGACCAUAGCCAAGGAACAUGAAAAGGCCAGGGAGUUGGAACGUAUACAGCGUUAUCAUAUGCCCAGAGACUUGAAAAAAGGCGAAAAAGAGGAAUAUGUGGAGGUGGACGAAAACGAAAGACUGCCCAACUCUGAGCAAAAGAAAUGGGAGGCAGAACAAUUGGCUUCAGCCAGAUUUCAGUUUGGAGCCAAAGAUGCCAAAGCUGAGGAAGAGUACGAGCUAUUACUUGAUGAUCAAAUUGAUUUUAUACAGGCUCUAACAAUGGACGGUUCGAAAGAUAAAAGUUCUAAAGAACCAGAAUUAUCGGAAGCCGAACGUAAGCGCAUGACUAUUGAUGAAACACGUAAAUCCCUGCCAGUGUAUCCCUUUAAGGAGGACCUAAUAGCUGCCAUUAGGGAGCACCAAAUUCUCAUAAUUGAAGGUGAAACAGGUUCGGGUAAGACCACACAAAUACCACAGUUUUUGGUGGAUGCCGGCUUCACAGAAGAUAAAAAGAAAAUUGGUUGUACACAACCGCGUCGUGUGGCAGCAAUGUCUGUGGCAGCCCGUGUAGCCGAAGAAAUGGGUGUUAAAUUAGGCAAUGAAGUUGGAUACAGUAUACGUUUUGAGGAUUGCACAUCCGAGAGGACUAUCUUAAAGUAUAUGACUGAUGGUACGCUACACAGAGAAUUUCUGUCGGAACCUGAUUUGGGUUCCUACAGCGUUAUGAUUAUUGAUGAGGCUCAUGAACGUACUCUACAUACCGAUAUUUUAUUUGGCUUAGUUAAAGAUAUAGCCAGAUUUCGUCCCGAAUUGAAACUGUUGAUAUCAAGUGCUACAUUAGAUGCUGAGAAAUUUUCAAAAUUUUUCGACGAUGCACCUAUAUUUCGUAUACCAGGCAGAAGAUAUCCAGUUGAUAUAUUUUAUACUAAGGCACCAGAAGCUGAUUAUAUUGAUGCUUGUUGUGUGUCCGUUUUGCAAAUUCAUGCCACCCAGCCUUUGGGUGAUAUUUUGGUGUUUCUUACGGGUCAAGAUGAAAUUGAGACUUGUCAGGAAAUCUUACAGGAUCGUGUUAAACGUCUGGGCUCGAAAAUACGAGAACUGGUUAUAAUACCGGUCUAUGCAAACUUGCCCAGUGACAUGCAAGCGAAAAUAUUCGAACCCACACCACCCAAUGCCCGUAAAGUUAUCUUGGCCACAAAUAUUGCCGAAACUUCAUUAACAAUAGACAAUAUUAUUUAUGUUAUUGAUCCGGGAUUUGCCAAACAAAAUAAUUUCAAUUCUCGCACUGGCAUGGAGUCUUUAAUGGUGGUGCCCAUUUCAAAAGCUUCGGCCAAUCAAAGAGCUGGUCGUGCUGGACGUACAGCACCGGGGAAAUGUUUUCGUUUGUAUACCGCUUGGGCCUACAAACAUGAAUUGGAAGACAAUACUGUUCCCGAAAUACAACGUAUUAAUUUGGGAAAUGCUGUCUUAAUGCUUAAGGCUUUAGGCAUUAACGAUUUGAUACAUUUUGAUUUUCUUGAUCCACCACCUCACGAAACUUUGGUCUUGGCUUUGGAACAGCUGUAUGCUUUGGGAGCCUUAAAUCAUCAUGGGGAAUUAACGAAAUUGGGCAGACGUAUGGCUGAAUUUCCAGUAGAUCCCAUGAUGGGCAAAAUGUUGCUGGCAAGUGAAAAAUAUAAAUGUUCGGAAGAAUUGGUCACCAUAGGGGCUAUGCUGUCAGUGAACAGUUCCAUAUUCUACAGACCCAAAGACAAAAUCAUACACGCCGAUACGGCACGUAAAAAUUUCAAUCAUAUUCAUGGCGAUCACUUGUCCCUUAUGCAGGUCUACAAUCAAUGGGCCGAAACUGAUUACAGUACCCAAUGGUGUUAUGAGAAUUUCAUACAAUAUCGUUCAAUGAAACGGGCUCGAGAUGUACGCGAACAAUUGGUGGGACUAAUGCAAAGAGUUGAAAUCGAUAUGGUCUCGUGUUUGCCAGAGACCAUAAAUAUACGUAAAUCUAUAACAGCCGGUUACUUUUAUCAUGUCGCUCGUCUAUCGAAAGGUGGAAAUUACAAGACCAUUAAACACAAUCAAACCGUAAUGAUCCAUCCGAAUUCAUCACUAUUCGAGGAAUUACCACGCUGGGUGCUGUAUCAUGAGUUGGUAUUUACAACGAAGGAGUAUAUGCGACAAGUAAUAGAAAUUGAGAGCAAAUGGUUGUUGGAAGUGGCACCCCACUACUAUAAGGCUAAGGAAUUGGAAGAUUCGACAAAUAAGAAAAUGCCUAAGGGCCAGGGUAGAGCUACAAUGACUGAAUAAAGAAUUUUAUUGUGCUGUGUGUCAGUGUAUAGAAUUUACUUAUACAUAUACAUACAUAUGUAUGGAAUAUUUAUGUUUUUGUAAAUAUAUGAAUAGAUUACUUUUUUUAACAUGAUAA